AUGACUGAUGCAAUUAAAGAUAAUAUUUCAGAUGCUAUAAAUAAUGGUACCACUAAACCACCAUCAAGCCCCGAGGGAGUAGCUGUAGCAUAUGGGAGUUUAGUUAUAAUGGCACUUCUUCCAAUUUUUUUGGGUUCUCUUAGAUCUGUAAAACAUAAAGAUGAGCAAAAUAAAGGAUCACAAAAAAGAGAAAUGUCAAAUAAAGAAGCAGCUAUUUUUCCUUUGAUUGCUAGUGCUACUCUAGUGGGUCUUUACAUUGGUUUCCAGAUAUUUUCCAAAGAAUAUAUAAAUCUCUUACUGACAUUUUAUUUUUUUUGCUUAGGAGUUCUAGCUUUAUGUCAUUUAGUAAGUCCUAUAAUAACAAAAUUGUUUUCAAGCACAAUCCCUAACAGGGCAUUUCAUAUUCAUUUUACCCAGAGUGGUCCUCAAGAAUCUGAAGAUAUAAUAAAUUAUCAUUUUACAUCUUAUGAUGUUGUAUGUCUACUGUGUUGCACUUUGUUCGGUGCAUGGUAUCUUAUCAAAAAGCAUUGGAUUGCUAACAAUUUAUUCGGAAUUGCCUUUGCUACCAAUGGAGUAGAGCUUUUACACUUGAAUAAUGUUGUAACAGGUUGCAUUUUGUUGUGUGGAUUAUUUGUUUAUGAUAUUUUUUGGGUAUUUGGAACUAAUGUAAUGGUGACUGUUGCCAAAUCUUUUGAAGCUCCUAUUAAAUUGGUUUUCCCUCAAGAUUUAUUAGAAAAAGGUUUGGGGGCCAAUAAUUUUGCAAUGUUAGGAUUGGGUGAUAUUGUAAUUCCUGGAAUUUUCAUUGCUCUCCUUCUAAGAUUUGAUAAUAGUUUAAAGAGAAAUUCUAAAACAUAUUUUUACGCCACUUCUAUUGCUUAUAUUUGUGGUCUUUUGGCUACAAUAUUUGUAAUGCAUGUUUUUAAACGUGCACAACCAGCUUUGUUGUAUUUGGUUCCUGCUUGUCUUGGAACUCCUAUUCUUUUAGCCAUUUUGAAGGGAGAUUUAAAAACUAUGCUAAGGUUAGUAAAUAUGAAAAUAAUAAAUUUUCCAAAAAGUAUUACUUUUAUAUUUAUUUUGUGA